GGCGUUUUACUCUCCAGUUCCUCAGUUGAUUACAAGGGAUCAUGAAGACACUGCCUUACGUUUUGUUGAUUUCUAUGUGUUUAACAAAAUCCUUAGCUGAUGUUGAGCUGGGGGAUUCGUUCUUUUCUCCCCUGGAUGAAGACAAAAAAGUGAAGUUGUAUUGGAAUAUUAGCACUGCAAACAAGGAAAUUUAUUUCACGGUGGAAGCCCAAACAACUGGAUGGGUCGGAUUUGGAAUCUCUAGUGGGCAAGGCAGGAUGGCAGGAGCUGAUAUUGUGAUCGGCUGGGUAAAGGAUGGUAAACCUUACUUCAAGGACCGUCAUGCGGAUGGUCACAUGACACCCCAGAUAGAUUCUCAGCAGAACUAUGAGCUAAUAUCCCUGCUGGAGAGUGAUGGCAAAACUACAAUGAAGUUCAAACGAAAGUUCGAAACUUGCGAUCCAGAGGACAACGCAGUUCAGGAAGGAACGACUAAACUCAUCUACGCAUUUCAUCCAGACGACCCUUCCUCUGAAGACAACAUUCCAGCACACGAUUUCAAAAGUAGAGGAGCUAGAAGUGUAUUACUGCUCAAUACUAUAGACGAUAUCCCCAAACUACCUGAUGAUACCAAGACUUUCAACUUUACCGCCAACAAGACAACUCUGCCGACGAAACGUACAAUUUACUAUUAUCGAGUGUUCGAGUUUCCAAAGUUCCAGAAGAGACAUGACAUCAUUCAGGUUGAUCCUAUAAUUCAGGAAGGUAACGAGGGGGUUGUACACCACAUGCUUCUUUAUGAGUGCAGCGAUGAUUUCCCGAGGAGUAACCUAAGCUACGAAGGCACACUGGAUUCUCCAGGCAUGCCGCCUGCUGUAGAGCAAUGUGCCGGGCCUUCUAUGAUCGCGGGCUGGGCGAUUGGUGGACAGUCGUUCUAUUAUCCUGAGCACGUGGGAUUAUCCAUUGGAGAACACGACAGCCCAAAGAUUGCAGUCUUGGAAAUCCACUACGAUAACUAUGAAAGCAAAGCAGGUAUCAUCGACAGUUCUGGUUUACGUUUUCACUACACAAGCCAACUUAGAAAGUACCGGGCUGCCAUGUUAUCAAUUGGAUUGCGUGUGCCAGGAUACCUUUACAUCCCACCCAAUCAAGAUAACUGGAUAACAGAAGGUUAUUGCGCUGAAGAAUGCACAGCUGAGGGUCUGAAAGGCUCCACACUCCCAGAUGGAGGAAUCCGGAUAUUUUCCGCUGCUCUUCACACUCACUUAGCAGGUCAUGCAGCAUACACUCGACAUGUGAGGAAAGGAGUUGAACUUCCAGAGAUUAUCAGAGACGACCAUUAUGACUUCAACUUUCAGGAAUUUCAGGUUCCCAGGGAGGAGGUAACAGUCCUGCCGGGAGACUCCUUAAUAACAGUCUGCAAGUACCUCUCAGGAGAGAAAAUGAUAACUGAUGGUCUUGGUACAGAUAAAGAAAUGUGCCUCUCUUUCCUCGCUUACUACCCGAAACUGAAUUUAACGAGAUGCUGGUCGAGCUACAAACCUGCUUUCAAAAAGUUUCAGAAAGCAUUUGUGAAUGUCCCAGGGGGAUGGAAAGGGUGGACAGAUAAGUUGGCCUCUGAACUACGUAAAAGUUAUCAAGAAACGGACGAGAUUUACGCAUAUUGCAGCGUCGGCAACGGUAAUCCUUUACCGGGCUUUCGAAAGACACAGCUCUCCAAGCCAGUCAUCAAUACUCCGUUGAAGAAAGAGCCAGAGUGUGAGGAGAUCACGAGCUCCUAUGACAAACUGGCCUAAUGCAGCCUUGUGUUUGUCGCAGCGGUUUUUAUGUUGUUCAUCUCCUGUUUUUACUGAUAUGACGUCAUGGAAUCCAUAAGUAGAGUAGUACAUUCUGGGAACAAUACUUUCAUGAACGAUAUACAAUUUGUAAUCUGCCUCAAUCUUUCUCAAAUCUUAUCAUCUUUGUUUCUUUUUGGCAUAUUAUUAGUACUUUCUUGUUCCUACGCUGUACACUGCAGUUAGCGAUCCUUCGGUUUACAGGCAGUUUUGUACAUCCCGAUAACCGCAGACAAACAAAGAUAGUUUCCUAAAGAUUUCUUGGCGGGGCGGAAUUUGGGAACAUUUGCUGCUGAAGCAACAUGUUUCUGAGAAUUCCAAAGCAUUUUUCCUUCUCGGAAGCAAAAUAUUUGCCACCGAAGUUACGCCUGAUCACGGGUUACUGCAAAAAAAAAAAAAAAAAAAAAAAAGAAAAAAAGGUGGUGUGGUGAUGUGUAACGCUUUACUUCUCGUCCAACCAAGAGAUUAUCUCUUGAUCUAA